UUCUUCAGUCGAAUUCCAACCUCUGAUAACUCCGGUUGGCUUCUCCCGCUCUUUUUCAGUAGACAGCGUGUAUCAGUCCAUCAUAUAGUCAACCACCUCUCAUGAUAUUAUCCAGUGUUCCGUUGUUCAGUUUUCUUAUAAAAUAAAAAGUAUAUUUUUUAAAAAGUGUUUGUAAUAUUGUGACCAAAAAAAUGCCACCCAAACGAAAAGACUCAUGGAAGGAAAAAGUGACAAAAGGUUGUCUGCCACAGAGGUAUGUGCUAGGGAUCAUGGGCUUCCUGGCGGUGGCGAAUGCCUACUCUAUGCGCAACACUCUGAACCUGGCCAUCACGCAGAUGGUGGAGCCGCACUACAGGAAAAACCACACACUCUCCAUUGACGACCCAGAGGCGUGUCCAGGGGAGCUGGUCACACAUAAUCACACUAUUUAUGAGAACGAACAAUUCGACUGGAGCGAGAAAAUGCAAGGCUAUAUUUUGAGUGCCUUCUACUGGGGCUAUGUGAUAACGCAUAUUCCUGGAGGCAUUCUGGCUGAGAAGUUUGGUGGAAAACAUGUGCUUGGCCUGGGUCUAUUCUCCACCGCCGUGCUCACCUUAUUGAUACCUCCAGCUGCCAGAGCUGGUCCCAUUUGGCUCAUAGCGCUCAGGUUCAUACAAGGACUCGGAGAGGGAACAACGUUUCCAGCUUUGAAUGCUUUACUUGCUACAUGGACACCCCCAAUGGAAAGGGGAAGAAUGGGAUCUCUCGUAUUUGCUGGAAACCAAAUAGGUAUAGUGAUGUCGAGCAUAGUAUGCGGCCUGCUACUGAAAUAUCUUGAGGGCCAGUGGGCAAUAGUGUUCUACUUGUUUGGAUUUCUGGGCAUCGUUUGGUAUGUGGUGUGGUGCUUCACCUGCUACAGUGACCCGGCUUCACAUCCCUACAUCACUCAGGAAGAACGCGAAUUCCUCACUGAGAAAAUUGGUGCCUUGAAGAGGAAAGAGAAUCUACCUCCAGUUCCUUGGUUGAAAAUGGCGACCUCUGUGCCUCUGUGGGCGCUGAUAAUAGCUCAGAUAGGCCACGACUGGGGUCUCUUCACAAUACAGACUGAUCUUCCCAAAUACAUGAGUAGUGUCAUGAAAUUCUCCAUUGCUCAGAAUGGAUUCUACAGUGCUAUGCCAUUCCUUGUCAUGUGGGUGACAGCCAUAUUUGCUGGUUUCCUAAGUGAUUUCCUCAUCAAAAAUAAAAUCCUCAGUGUCGGAACUACAAGAAAGUUAUUCAACUCUGUUGCAUCUGUGGGCCCAGCGGCAGGAGCCAUAGCGGCAUCUUAUGCUGGAUGCGACAAGCUUCUAGUCGCCGGUUUAUUCACCAUAGGAAUGGCUUUCAUGGGAUUCUUCUAUCCCAGUCUGAAGGUGAACGCUCUGGAUCUGAGUCCAAAUUACGCGGGCACUUUAAUGGCGUUUGUGAAUGGAAUCGGUGCCAUAUCUGGAAUCAUUACUCCAACACUUAUCGGCUAUCUAAUUACUGAGAAUACUAUGCAACAAUGGAGACAGGUGUUCUGGGUGUCAGGAUCCGUUAUAGUGAUAACAAACGGACUUUAUAUUUUCCUUGGCUCUGCCAAAGUUCAACCAUGGAAUGAUCUGCGGAAAAUCGACGAAGAGGAAGUUGUUUCAUGGAAAGCAAAAUCAGAAAAUGACAAAGCAACUGCUUGAAGCAAUGGAUAAGCAGAUCCUAUUAUUUGAGCUUCUAAAAGAUAUCCAAGAUCAUUAUUUGAAGUAGACGCUGAUUACAUCUUGUAAAUGCUACCUACUCGACCAUUUGUUGUUCAAGAAUGUUGCACUGUAAUGUGUUUGUUUGAUAUUUCUCAUGUUGUACAGCCAUUGAUCAUAAUGUGAUAGUAAUAAUGUGACCUUUUAUAAGUUAAGAUCAUAGAUGUAGGCCUAAUGUAUUAUAGACUAGGUACUUCUGAAUAAUUUUAAAAACCAAAAAUAUUUUUGUAAUUUCUAGGAAACCGGUACUUAGUUUUAGUCCGUAUUUAGAUUUGUGUAUAUGUGAGUGAGUGUGAAAAUUCCUUCUAAAUAAUACCUAUGUUUCAGUGUAUAUUGUUUAUAGUAACAAAAGACAAAAGUUUUAAUAGGGUAUCCUAUCGGUUUGUCUGUGCUGUCUUUCCUGAUCAUAAGCCAUUUCAAUUUUUUCUCCAUUCUUGUGUUAUCCUCAAUUUUUUAUCGAGAACUUGUUAUUUCAGUAAUCCGCAUAUUGAAAAUAAUAUUCAAGUUAUAUAGUACAAAAAUAAGCAAAUUCAUUGAAAAUUUCUCAACAAUAUUUUUUUAUUGGGGUUCAGUCAUAUUCAUAUUAUGUAUAAUGAAUGACAUAGGUAUACUCCUAUAAGUAGGAGAUGAUCUCAUUUGAAAUUCGUCAUUUAUAUGUUCAAAUCGAGUUUAAUGAAAUUCAUUUCAGGCUUAAAACAAAUCAUUCUUGGGGAAGAAUGCCAAUUGUAUUCUAUGGACAAUCAUUUCUUUCUAUUUUGAAGUUUUUCAAGACAUUUUUCUUUGUGCCAUGAUGAAAAUCAAAGAAACUUGUGAAAAUAUGAAAUUAAUUAUUCAAAUAUUUCGAUGUUGGUACAAAAUUCAUAAUGUUUGAUUGGUGUUAGAAUUAUGUUAAUAACCCUCUUUUUAAGUUGAAGGAUGAAAUUAGUGUUCUGUGAUAAGUUAACUUUGCACAUUUAUAUAGCAUAUGUACCGUCUCAAGGUAUCAACUUUGUGAUUUUCUUUCCAACUCAUUCCCAAUGUUAUUGAGAAUAUUCGGAAAAUUUUCGAGAAACUUGGAACUCAAUAUUUUUAUAAAGGACAUUAAUCCAUAUAAUAUAGUACAUGGGUGAUAAGAGUAUCGUAUGUUUUUCUAAUUGAGUUAGAUGAACAAUAUUUUCCUGUCCAAUAAAUAAUUUGUCUUUGAUUGGAUUAAGUUCUAUCUCACAUUCACACACACCCUUGGUAACAUACUGUGUAUGUUUGAUAAUAAUUGUACCAAUUUAUAACGAUUUCGUAGGUAUUGAAAAUUACAUGGAAUUUCUAUAAUUUCUCAUGCAAAUAAACGAUAUUGUUCAAUUUCUUA